GCCGGCGCUCACGCUCUGUGGGCGGGCGGGCUCACUCGCCGGCGCUCACGGCCUGUGGGAGCGCUCCGCGCCCGGAAGGACUGGUGAGCGGGAGGGUCCGGUGUGGGCAGAGACCCGUCGGCUCAAGAUGUCGUACAUGCUCCCGCACCUGCACAAUGGCUGGCAGGUUGAUCAGGCCAUCCUUUCGGAAGAAGACCGCGUGGUCGUCAUUCGAUUUGGGCACGACUGGGACCCUACUUGCAUGAAGAUGGAUGAGGUUCUGUACAGCAUUGCUGAAAAGAAAUGGCAGAUAAUGGGAGAUCUUCCUCAUCUUGUUACGAGCUCUGUUUGGAUACCCCAGCUGUUUUAAAGUUAAAAAUUUUGCAGUUAUUUAUCUUGUGGAUAUUACAGAAGUACCUGACUUCAACAAAAUGUAUGAGUUAUAUGAUCCGUGUACUGUCAUGUUUUUCUUCAGGAACAAGCACAUCAUGAUCGAUCUGGGCACUGGCAACAACAACAAGAUCAACUGGGCCAUGGAGGACAAGCAGGAGAUGAUCGACAUCAUCGAGACGGUGUACCGGGGGGCCCGCAAGGGCCGUGGGCUGGUCGUGUCUCCAAAGGACUACUCCACCAAGUACAGAUACUGAGCCCGGCCCACCCAGUGCACAUCGUGCCCUGGGGUCAUUCUCAUGUGGAAGUAUUUUCAACUAUUUAAAGCCUUUGAGAACGCGUUUGGCAAAGUACACGGAGCUUAAGGAGCUGGAGGAUUCUGCAAUGUGGGUGGCAUUGCCUCGCCUUUCAGUCUGCCUGGUCACUGUGUUUCUGUAUCAGCAAAUAUCUGUACAUAUCUAACUGAAAUAAAUAAAAUACACAGUGAUGGGGA